UUGAAGAAAAAUUUUUUGAUUUGGGAAUGGCUGAGUUUUCUGAAAUGACUGGAGCAUUUCUUUUAUUUGAACAAGUUGGAUUAAAAAAAUACAUAGCAACAUCGGCAGUUAGCCCUUUUCCUGCUCAUUUGCAUUUUCUUGGGCAAAAACUCUAUUCUUCUAUACCUGGCAAGUUAUCUUUAAAGUUGACUAUAGCUGGGUAG